AUGGCCAAAACGAAUCCUAAAGAACGCUUCGAUGUGAUCGACGCCACUGCUGCACCCGGAAACAAAACCACUUUCUUAGGCGAUUUGCUUCGCGACCGAGGCACUGUCUUCGCAUUCGACCGCGACGCAAAGCGAUUUCAGAUUCUCUCGCAGCGCUGCGAGGCUUUCGGCAGCGGAAACAUCGAAUGCAUUCACGGAAACUUUCUCGAAACGGAUCCUUCCUCGCCCAAAUUCCAAAACGUGAAGUGCAUUCUGGUCGAUCCUUCUUGCAGUGGCAGCGGAAUGACGCAUACGUCUCUCGAUAUCACACCUCCAUCUCGCCAGCGAAUCCAGAGCCUGACCAAGUUUCAGUUGCAAUGCAUCGAGCACGCGGCGAAAUUUCCAUCGGUGCGUCGCAUCAGCUAUUCGACGUGGUUGCCAAGGCACUGAACAGCCUGGGUUCUGCUUGGGAACUGGAAGCGAUUGCUCCAGAACUGGGUCGAGGAGGAUUUGUGGUUGAUGGUCUGAGUGAAGCGCAAGCUUCGUGCGUAGUUCGUUGUGAGAAGGAGGAUGAAGAGAUGGGUCAAGGCUUUUUUGUGUGCGUUUUUACCAGAAAAGAUGGAAAGAGGGAAAAAGAGGGAAGUGAGGCGAAGAGUCGAGCGAGCAAAGUGAAAAAGAUGGAGAAAGUGGUGAAGAAACCUGUGCUUCGCAGUGUAUCGAAGAGUAAGAAGCGAGCACCCAGGCAUGGAAA